UUCAGAAAAGGUCCAACAUGGCAGCGGGGGCGGGCUGGGAGGUGGGACGGACCAAGGCUUCCGUGUGUUGCCGCCGCUGCCGCCUCAGCCUCAUCCUCGUUACUCUUGGGGUUCGGGGGUUCUGUAGCUGGCGUUACCAGCGCGAGGUGAAGGGAGGUGACGGAGCGUCAGUGCGCGCGUGGGGGUCCCGUCAGUCCCAGCAGUUCCCCUCGUGCAGGGUGGGCGGCGAGGGUCUUCAGCAGUCGGGAGAGGCCCUUGACGGCGCCAUGUCGGCGGGCGGCCCAUGCCCAGCAGCAGCCGGAGGGGGCCCAGGGGGCGCCUCCUGCUCCGUGGGUGUCUCCCUCGGCGGGGUAUUCAUGUUCCGGUGGCUGGAGGUGCUGGAGAAGGAAUUCGACAAAGCAUUUGUGGAUGUGGAUCUGCUCCUGGGCGAGAUCGAUCCCGACCAGGCAGACAUUUCUUAUGAGGGGCGGCAGAAGAUGACCAGCCUGAGCUCCUGCUUUGCACAGCUUUGCCACAAAGCCCAGACUGUGUCUCAAAUCAACCACAAGCUGGAGGCACAGUUGGUGGACCUGAAGUCUGAACUGACAGAAACCCAAGCAGAGAAAGUUGUUUUGGAGAAAGAAGUACAUGAUCAACUUUUACAGUUGCACUCUAUUCAGCUUCAGCUUCAUGCUAAAACUGGUCAAAGUGUUGACUCUGGUACCAUUAAGGCAAAAUUGGAAAGAGAGCUUGAGGCAAAUAAAAAAGAAAAAAUGAAAGAAGCGCAACUUGAAGCUGAAGUAAAAUUGUUGAGAAAAGAGAAUGAAGCCCUUCGUAGACAUAUAGAUGUUCUCCAGGCUGAAGUAUAUGGGGCAAGACUGGCUGCCAAGUACUUGGAUAAGGAACUGGCAGGAAGAGUCCAACAAAUACAAUUGCCAGGACAAGAUAUGAAGGGACCUGCUCAUGAUAAGCGUUGGAACCAACUGGAAGCUGAAAUACAUUUGCAUCGUCCCAAAACUGUGAUCAGAGCCUGCAGAGGCCGUAAUGACUUGAAACAACCAUUGCAAGCACCACCAGGCCAUGAUCAAGAGUCCCUAAAGAAAAGCCAAGGUGUUGGUCCAAUUAGAAAAGUUCUCCUCCUUAAGGAAGAUGAUGAAGGCCUUGGCAUUUCGAUUACAGGUGGGAAAUAACAUGGUGUUCCAGUCCUCAUCUCUGAGAUCCAUCCGGGGCAACCUGCUGAUAGAUGUGGAAGGCUGCAUGUUGGGGAUGCUAUUUUGGCAGUCAAUGGAGUUAACCUAAGGGAUACAAAGCAUAAAGAAGCUGUAACCAUUCUUUCCCAGCAGAGAAGAGAGAUUGAAUUUGAAGUAGUUUAUGUGGCCCCUGAAGUGGAUUCUGAUGAUGAAAACAUAGAGUAUGAAGAUGAGAGUGGACAUCGUUACCGUUUGUACCUUGAUGAGUUAGAAGGAGGUGGUAAUCCUGGUGCUAGUUGCAAAGACACAAGCGGGGAUGUCAAAGUAUUACAAGGAUUUAAUAAGAAGGCAGUAACAGACGCACAUGAAAAUGGAGACCUGGGCAAUGCAAGUGAAACUCCACUAGAUGACAGUGCUUCAAAAUUUGAUGAUCUGCACAGUCUGUAUCAUAAUAAAUCUUAUUAAAUUGACUGUAUCUCCAGACAAGAUUGUUAGUCAGACUAUUUUGAAUUUGGGGCACUGGGGAAGAUGGUGACAAAGACUAUACAAAAUCAGGGGAGGCUGUCUGUUGCCUAAAUGAAAGACAGGUACUUCAGGGCUUCAUGUGAACAAUUCUAAAUGCAUAAAACCCCCUGUUUUUUUGUGGUAGGCUACAAUUAGCUAUUGCAUGUAAGCAAUUUUGAUUUUCUUGAAAUUCUAAGCACCAAAGCAUGUGUUUCCCAAAGGGUAUUACUGGGCUCUUAAGUACCAAAUGAAACCCUACGGUUUUAUUUGGUUCCUUUUCCCUCUAGUAGGAGGACAGUGCUAAUUGGAAUUUUAUAAGAAAUACCCUUUAAAAUACAGAGAGUACAUGAAUUCAUAUUACAUAUUCUAGAAUGUUAACUGUGGUGUUUGAGAAAACAGAACUUGACUCAAAUGAAUUGUAGAAAUAUAGACGACAAUUUUUUUUAACUGAAAGAAAGGUUUUAGACUUAAAAAAAAAUUUGUUGUGCAUCCUGAAAUCUAAAUCAAUACUUAAUGAUCAUUUAUUGUAAUGAGUUUGCAUUUUAGCUUUAUUCAAUGCAGUACGAAAUAGUUUUCUUUAAGCAAUCCUUUAUUAAUCAAUCCUGCACUAGAAAUAGUUUCUCAAAAGUUACUAAACAUUUGACUUUCUUGGUUUUUAAAAGAAAUGCAGAUGAGUAUAAAACAUCUGUUCUCAAUUAUGUUGAUCUGUGUGCACGGUAUUGGAGCAUUUACUCAUUCAUGUUGAGUCUCAAAUGCUUGUUUUCUGGGAUCCACAAAAGACAGUGUUAUACAAUUUGAGUUGUUCAUAGUUUGUCUUGUGAUAGUUCUGGCAUUUAAAGAUAAAUUUUUC